AUGGCCGCCACUGAUCCGAGUCCGACUCUGAAGUUUUUGACAGAUGCAGGUCAUCUCUUAGCCUUUACGGCUCCCGAGACAUCGGCAUAUAUCCUCAGGCAGCGAAAUGACUUGAUGUUCGAGCAUGAGAUUCCUCUUCCUGAGGUCCAACGACAGCAUGUUUGCACGGCCUGUGGUAAUAUUUUGGCUUUCGGGGAGGGCAGUGACCUGGUCUUCAAAAAGAACAAAAAGGCAGUGAUCAAAAAGAAACAGCAAACACCUCCAGCACCCAAGGUCGAAAAAGCGAAAAGGCAAGAACCUCGGUCAUCUGGCCCAACCAAGCGCAUCGAGUGUGGCCAUUGCUCUUCGAAAAUCGAGAUCAAGCUUCCGGCUCCGGCUCCCAUCAUUCGCCAUACUGUCAAACCGGCCCACAAGGUGUCCAAGACCACGGCACCGGGAGCGGCCCCAUCUUUGCCCAAGACUUCAGGUUCACACGAGACGACAUCCUCGCAGAAGCCAGCGUCCAAUGCGAACAGCAAGAAGAGGGCCAAGUCUCGAAAAGCGGGUCUCCAAGCUCUGUUGGAGCAAUCCAAAUAUUCAAGACCUUCGCCUGGGUUGAGCCUUGCCGACUUCAUGUCGAAAUGA